AAAUGCCAGAUAUUUUUAGAGUGUAACGGAAGGUGCAUGCAAGGUGGCAUAAAGUUUGGAGAUUUAUGCUCGUUCGACACAUUAUCAGUUAGUGAUGGAGGGGAACAUGAGUGGAAACCCGGGAAAAGAACAUGGAAAAGUUAGCAUUGACAAGCUCCUGUACAUGCUCAGCCAAGGCAGUAUGCUGUACAAGGUCAAAAGUGGAGGCUUACUUUACCCCCGGACAUUUUACCUGGAUACAGAAAACAUGGUGUUGCGUUACGCUGGGUCAGAAAAAAAAUUUCGCAAAAAGAGAAUCUCAUGGCCAAUAUCAAAGAUUCGAGAAGUUAGAGAGGGAGAAAAAGAUUACUCAAAAAGACUGGACCCUUAUGAUAGAGGGCAGUGUUUUGCUGUAGUGGUUGGUACUAAUCAUGAAGUUCUACACUUAAUGACUGAGUCUCAUCAACUGAGAGAUGACUGGGUCAAAGGUCUCCGAUUCGCUCUCCAUAUGGAACAGUACAUGGAUCAAAAACAACAGACUGACCGAUGGAUCAAAGAAGCCUUCCGAAUGGCUGACAAGAACAAUGAUGGAAGUCUUGACUUUGAGGAAAUUCUCAAGUUGCUGAAGCAGUUGAAUGCAGACAUGGAUAAAAAAUAUGUCCAGACACUGUUUGAUAAAGCAGAUACAACAAAAACCUAUGGCAAACCUGUGUUGGAUGCCGAGGAAUUUGUCAAGUUUUAUCACAUGUUAACAGAGAGGCCAGAAAUAGAUGAAAUAUUUAUGAAGUAUGAUGAUGGAAAAGGCUACUGGACCUUUACAGAUCUCUGCAAAUUCUUUUACCAUGAACAAAAGCUGGAUUUAACAGAGGACCAGUCCAAGGAAUUGAUUGCAGCAUUUGAACCUCAGAAACAGCUACAGCUAGAAGACCAACUAAGUCCUAUUGGAUUCAGAACACUUCUUGCCAGUCAUAACCAGCAGUUAUUUAACCCUGUACACCGGCGUGUCUAUCAGGACAUGACCCAACCCAUUAUCAACUACUACAUUAGCUCUUCCCAUAACACAUACUUGAUUGAGGACCAGUUGAAGGGACCAAGUCGAGUGGACGCUUAUAUUACGGCUCUGACCAGAGGCUGCCGUUGUGUUGAAUUGGAUUGCUGGGAUGGACCAGAUGAUGAACCGGUUAUUUACCAUGGUUACACGCUUACCUCUAGGAUCUUCUUCCGUGAUGUCAUUUCUGCCAUUAAGGACUACGCUUUUCAGUCUUCUCCAGAAAUUCCAUUCAGCAGCUACCCAGUAAUACUGUCUAUAGAAAAUCACUGCUCUGUUCGACAGCAAGGUGUCAUGGCAAAGUACCUGAAAUCCAUCUUAGGAGACCUACUAUAUGCCCCUGAAGAACCCCCUAACAGAAUUCCCUCUCCUCAUGACCUCAUGGGGAAAAUUAUCAUCAAAGGAAAGAAGUUGCAGUACAGCCAUAGCUCUACAGAUGAAGGGGAAGUCAGUGAUGAGGACGAGGCAGCAGACGUCAGCAAUGAAGCCGUUAAAACACCAAGCAAAAACUGUGAUCACAAGAUUAAGCUUUCUCCUGAGUUCUCAGACUGUGUGGGAUUCAAAGCUGUGGGAUUUAAAGGGAUAGAGGAAUCUAUCAAUUCAAAUGGCAUGUUUGUCUCCCUUGGAGAGAACAAGGUCCUGAAGAUGAUUGAGAAUGAUCGAGAUGGCAUCAUUCACCUGAACCGUCACAUGUUGGUGCGGACGUACCCAGCUGGCAGCAGGACAGACUCUAGUAACUACAAUCCUGUUCCUAUGUGGAAUGCAGGUUGUCAAGUUGUGGCAUUAAACUUCCAAACAGCUAGUGAACCAAUGCAGUUGUUACAAGGAAAGUUUAUGGACAAUGGAGGGUGUGGCUAUCUGCUGAAACCUGGCUUUUUAUUGUCAGAUGACAAAACAGCAAACCCACCAACAAGUAGAAAAAGGCUGAACAUCACUGUUGUCAGCGGAUACCAGAUUCCAAAGCCUAAUGAUUCCAAAAAGGGAGAAAUAAUAGACCCAUUCAUCAAAAUGGAAGUCCACGGGGCAAAGGAAGAUACCCAACAGUGCAAAACCAGUGUCAAGAACAACAAUGGUUUUAACCCUCGCUGGGAUGAAGAUGUUUCAUUCGUCAUCAAUCAGCCAGAUCUGGCUGUCCUUCGAUUUGUUGUCUAUGAUCAUGACAUAACUGUGGAUGAUUUUAUUGGAUACUUCUCUCUCCCAUUCCAUUCAAUUCAAGAGGGCUAUCGACAUUUUUCUUUACUUAACAAACGAGGAGAAAAAAUAUCCCAAGCUCUGAUUCUUCUGAAAGUUGAAAUCAAGGAAGCUUAAUACAAGUAGUGGGUUGUGGCAUUACAAAAGCAUUCAACUUUCAUUAAGAUGGCGAAGUUGUCACAGAAAUUUCAGAACAGCAGCAGUUUCUGUUUACAGCAGCAGUUUUUCUAUGAGAAGUUUAUAAUGUGCCAUACUGCAAAAGGACAGAACUGCUACAAAAUCUGAUAUAAAUACAAUUUGUCAGGGACCAAUUUUUACUGACGUACAAAAGCUUUAUGUGUUAUGUUUAUAUAAUCAGAGCAAUAGAUUUACAGUGAGAUGUAUAAAAAAAAAGAAUCGACAGAUGGUUGUGGUAAAAUGAUCUCUGCGUACUUAAUGUGUAAUCAUGCACUAUCAUAGUUAUUGAAAAAAGUGUGAUUUACAUGUAUAUACAACAAAAAAGAGGAACAACUUUAUUAUUUUUUACAAACAACUUAAAGGGUUGAACAAAAAUAUAUUUUAAAAUUAAGAAGUGAUUGUUUUAAAUCUUUGAGAUUUCAAUUGUAUACAUUACCGUUAUAGUGUUACUUGUUGAUAAUGCCUUUUACUGUCUUUCAUUGACCUAUUUAUUUUCUCUCAAACAUAAUGAUUAUGGAAAGGAAAUUUUCUUUACUCUCAUGUUAAAAAAAAAAUCAGUUUCACAGGACUAAUGUGAUUGUGUUUUCUAUAAGGUACCUUUAGAAACUGUACACAGAAAAAAAAAUCACUUUUCAGUUUGGGCACAGAAUUACCCUCUCUCCUCUUCCAGAGAACAGUUUUAUAGAUUAAGGUAUUAGAAGUUUUUUCUUAGAUUUGUUGUUUUUUUUUUUUUUUUGAUGGAAAAGAUUUUAGGUAGUAGUUAAAGUGCCCACUAUGUGCUUGGGGUAUUAGAUUUAUAUAGUUGAGGAAUAUUUAUGAUGCAACAUGAUAAUUUUUUAAAACAAAAAAUUAUCAGAAUAUACAAGUUAUUUCAUUAUUUACAUGUAUGUUGUUCUCUCUAACUUCAUAAUUGGAAGCCCUAUGUAAGCCGUAGAUUUAUUUUAUAUACAUCUGCUAUUAAAACAAAAUUUUCUCAUAUGUCUGUUUUAAGCUCAUCUGAGCUUUUCUGAUCAUAUUUUAUAAAUAUGAGAAAGAAGGGAAUUCAAGUUUGUUCAAAUGAAUUGCCACGCCCUCUUUUAAGGGGAGAUAAUUAAGAAUUAGUGAAAAUUUGGUAGUAUUUUUAAAAAUUCUUCUCAAGAACCACUGGCCCAAAAAAGUUGAAACUUAUGUGAAAUCUUCUUUACAUAGUGUAGAUUCAAGGGCCACAAUGGGGAAUCAAAGUUUUACAUAGGAAUAUAUGGGAAAAAAAUCUUUAAAGAUCUUCUAUGCAAGAUCAGCAAAGCCAUGUUUACUAAUAUUGAUAUGGAAGCAUCCAUAGGUAGUGAUGAUAUAAGUUUGUUUAAAUCAUGAACCCUUUGGGUUGGGUGGGGCCACAAUGGGGAAAGUUUUACAUAGGAAUAUACAGAAAUAAUUAUAUGGAAAUCUUUUUCUCAAGAACAGAAAAACCAUACUUAGUCAUAUUGAUAUGGAAGCAUCCACAGGUAGUGAUUCAAGUUUGUUCAAACCAUGACCCCUGGAGGUUGGGUGGCCUGGGCCACAAUUGGUGAUCAAAGUUCUACAUUGGAAUUUAUAGGAAAAAAUCUUUAAAAAUCUUUUUCUCAAGAACAGCAAAGCCAUGUAUAGUCAUAUUGAAAUGGAAUUAUGAAAUAUGAAAAAUGUUCAAAUCAUGACCCCAAGAGGUAGGGUUGGGCUACAUUUAUAAAAUUAUGACAGCUGGGGGUAGGAUUGGGUAACAACAGGGAUAAAAGUUUUACAUACUAGGAAUAUAUACAAUGUACAUGUAAUAGUAAAAAAUCUGAUGAUGAAGAACAGCAGGGCCAUAUUGACUCAGAUGAGCAUUGUGGCCCAUGGUAAAAUUUCAUUGUUUCUUAUUUACAAAAAUUUUUGAGGCAUUAAAAAUUAUUACUAUAAUAGAAUGAUAGAACUAUUUGGUUGUUUUAAUGCCUCAUUUGUUAUGAUAUAUAUAUAUAUAAUAAACAAGUUUAUUUCCUUCAUA